AUGGGCAUCACCAUCAACGACGUCGGUGACCUGUUCGGUGCGCUCGACGCUGACGGGACGCGUGGACUGUCUUCCAAGGAGCUCGUGGAGGGCAUCCUGCGCCUGCGGGGCCCCGCCAGCGCGGUGGACAUCGCCUCCCUGAAGGAAACCGCGCUGGCCAAGCUGAGCGCCGAGGUCGACGCAAGGCGCGUGCGGUCCAAGUCGUCCUGGAGCCCCAGGGCGUGGAGGUCGCCGCGGCGGGGGGCCACCGGCAGGCGCGUCUUCUGCUCGGGCGGCUCCUCGGGCUCGCGCCCGUCGGCGGGCGCCGCGCCCGCGGAGGGCGCCGCCGCUCGGCCCUGCGGCGCCGGGCGCGGCGAGGACGACUGA